UAAUCCAACGCUGAACAACAAUGGUGGACCUGAUCGUAAUUUCAGAUAUUUCACAUGGGCAAUCAAGUCUUUGCAAGAAAAUUGCCUUGCAAGAUUCAAACUUUGUCCUAAUAAAAUAAUAAGGGUCAAUUCCCAUCGUAGCAGAUAACCAUGGGAGCAGACGAGUUCUCCCUCCUUGCUCCCAGGUUGAAGAGAGAGGACUACAAGCGAACCAAGCACGAUACAUGCUUCUCCAAAUGGAAGGUUCUUGUUGGGGCAAAUGACUGGGAAGAUUACUGCAAGGGCAAGGAAGGAGUUGGAAGAUACAGGGUUUACAACCUCCCUAACAAGUCAUGCCCUGGGGUUUAUGAGCUUGGCAUUGCUGUGGCUCACUCUGGGUUGGAGCGUGAUGUUGUCAAGUUUGCCCCAGAUGAUAUAGUGGUGACAUAUCUUGGGCAAGCUGAGGAUGUCAGGUCCAGGCUCCAGCGUUAUGGUCGUUCUGGUGCUCAUUUGGCCAGUAUCUACACCACCAGCAACCCAAUUCAUUCUCAAUCAGAUUCUUCUCCAAGAGGAUCUGGUUUGUUCGAAGAGAUCUUCUCAAGAGGCUGUUCUGUUGUGUUUAGAUGGGCUCCUAUGAAAAGUAAGAAGGAAGCGGAAGAAACAGAAGCUAAGUUGCUUGAUACUUUUGACUAUGCAUGGAACAAAGGCAGUAAUGUUAUACGUCGCCCUGAUGAGAUCCUUAAAAAACUCGAUGAGAUUGCUUCAAGCACGGGAAGAUUCUCAAGUCUUUACAGGAUAUUUGUACCUCUUACUCAGAAGAAAGUGGGUAUCAAAAUCAAAGGAGACAAACUGCUUCUGCAGAAAAACAAAGUCUCUGCUGAUGCUGAUGAGGAGAGCAACAACUUUCUUUCUGGAGUAAUCAAAUUUAGCAGAUCAAGGCCUCAAUUAGUUUCUGGUAAACGUGAAACUGAUGUGACCCCCAGCAAUACAUGUGGAGUUCUUUUAAGUGAUGGUACUUCUUGUACACUGCCACCAGUACUAGGGAGGAAGAGAUGUGAAGAACAUAAAGGGAGGAAAAUUUACGGAUACAGUUUUAAGCUAAUCACAGAAGGGAAAUCACCUUCUUCGCCAGAUUUAUGCAUGAAUCGCACUCUUCAUGGCCAAGAUUCCCAUGUUAUAUGUGGUGUAGCUCUUGGUAAUGGGACUUCUUGUGGAAAGAAACCGAUUGUCGGAAGAAAAAGAUGUGAGGAGCACAAAGGGAUGAAGAUCAAUGCCUUAAUUUCAAAGUCAGCUAAGAAUAAGUCUGGUGUAAAUUUAGGCGGCUGCGCUUCCGAUAACGAGCUGCAUAAUGACCCUGCAUCCAAGUCUAUGUUAUUUUCAGACAGAUGUUCUACAGAUAGAGAUCCGAAAACUGUCUGUGGAGCAGCAUUAAGAAACGGUUCAUUCUGUACAAGGUCAUUGACUAAAGGACAUGAAAGAUGUUGGCAGCACAGGGUAAAUGGGUGUGAUAGUUCCUUCAGUUGCUCUUUGAAAUCUGAUUCACAGUCAAGAUCUGUGAUUUGUGGUGUUACUUCACCAGGAGGAUCUGUAUGUGAGAAAAGUCCUGCUGGUGGAAGAAAAAGAUGCGAGCAGCACAAGGGGAUGAGACUCAUUGUUUCCCAAUAAAUCCCUAUUGUUUCCCAAGAAAAAAUACAUGGGAAAAUUUUCUACAGGUUUGCUUUUCUAUGUAACAAAUGUAUCUUUCUUUUAUUUAUUUGUUUUUGGUUUAAUUCUCUGUUAAGAAUGGUUUAAUUUAUAUGCAACAUGUUGUAUCAAAAUGGAAUAAUAGAUUAGCCUUCAGCUUUGCAA